CACGGUGUCGAGGUUAAACCAAACAAAAAAUACAACAAAUGUUUACCACUUUAACAGAAAAUUAUUUAUUUCUUUCCUUCCUUGGAAGAAGAUGACUGUUACCAUCGUGUGUUACGAAUAGUAUGCAUAUAACCGAUGUUUAUGUCGAAGUACAAUAGUCAACAUCGAUCCAGACUUUUUUCAUCUAGGAUACUGUAAUAUAAUUUUUGAACUGGUCAUAUACGACUACCGACCAGCUAGCAAUUAAGAAAAAUACGCUUUAUUUAAAUAGUUAUGUGGACUUUCAACGCCCCGAUAAAUACUUGUGUUAUACGUUAGAUUGUUAACAAGAUUUAAAUAGUAAAACACCAGAAAAUGUGAUAAGAAAGGUUGUUGGAAUACAAGCGCUUUUAAGAUUAUUUUUCAGGUAGUGCACGAAGUGGGCGGGUCUUGAUGAAAAACACGUGGUUGAAAUAGUGUGGUGUAGUGAAUGUUAAAUGCAAUGCUGGAACUAAUAAUGGUUGUUGGCACUGUGUUGAGCAGACCGUUUCAUACCUUGAACUCACGACUACCAUAAGUCAAAUAUAUGUAUUAAUACUGGUUCUUAACUCAAGGAAGAAUAGAGACGUAUGCAUUACAGCACUCGUUUCAAUAAAACAUCGGUACCAUAUAAUCAUUCUUAUCGACAGCGCUUCUGAUUAGGAAUGUAUGAUUGUACUAGAUAAAAGUCUUGGAGCGUAAAAGGAUGUCAGCACUUGAAGUAGCCUAUCGCUAUAACGCUAUCAAAUACUAACACCUGGUACAAGGCCUUAAGCAUAGUAUAGCUAAUACAAUACCUCAAGGAUACGUUAGUUAGUAUGGUAAAUUCGGUGGAAUAAGUCCACUGGGCAGUGAUUAGUGAAAAAGUGCAUGGUACAUAAUGUGCUCUUUUAGAGAAAAUUUAUUAUUCUUAAACAAUUCAUUGGAUGGAUAAAUAUCUUAGUUAACUUCACAUAUUACGUUUGUGCUAAGUAAUAGAUUUAUUAAAGUAACGAAGAAAAAAAAAUGUAAAAAUUAAAUUAUAGAAAAUUAGGGUGAUUAUUAGAAGGAUUUUUAUUCAUUAAAUGCAUUGACGUGAUACUUACGUUGAUAAGAAUUGUGAUAUAUACCUGAUCUUGCUCUCCGUGCUCUUCCACUCGAAGGAUUGUACUGGCGGAAUCGAUAAAACGGCGACUAACUUGAUGGCUUUACUAUAGUAGCAAAAACGUGAGUAGAAAUGAAAGAUUUCCUUUAGAGGGCAAAGAAAGUUGUCGAAGUCUUUAAUUAGCAAGAAGAACUAAAGUUUUCAUUGUUUAAAACGUUGAACUUAACCCGAUUUGAAUUUGUGUAUCUCGCAAUUAAUAAAAUUAAACGGGUGUUUAAACAUUAAUUGAAUUUCAUUUUAAAAUCCCUGCCGGAUGACAUGCGUGAAAUUAAAAGUAUUGAAUAUCAUUUAGUGAAAAUAAUCGUACGAUGAAUAACAUGAACCUUAAUGGAUCCUCCGAUGGAAGUGGAAAUAUUACGGACUUACAAAACAUAUUUUUACUAACUUCCGAAGAUGACUACCAGGAACCGGUGGGUGAUUACGAAAUAUACUAUGACGGGGACGUGGACAAUCUACGAAAACCAUGGAUAAAGGAACCGCAUUUUAUUCCAGUUGUUACCAUAUAUGGUGCAGCGUUUUUAAUUGGACUCAUCGGAAAUUCGUUGGUGAUAUUUGCCAUGCUAGGUGAUCGUAAAUCACGAAGUGUGACGGCAUCCUUCAUGGUCAGCUUGGCAAUAGCUGAUUUACUUUACCUAAUGGUUUGUGUACCUUUUGAGACAUCAAGAUAUUUUAUAGGACAUUGGGAAAUAGGUCCGUUUCUCUGUAAACUAUCAGGUUAUGUGGAGAUGUUAUCUGCUUUUUCCUCGGUCUUGAAUUUAACAGCAGUUUCAAUAGAAAGGUAUAUUGUUAUUGUUCAUCCUAUAUUAUCACGGGCUUGGUGUACGCUUGGUAAUACCAAGAAGAUAUUACCAGGUGUGUGGUUUAUGGCCUUGUUACUAUCCUCACCUACAUUCCAUGUUAUGAAUACAGAGAGAAAUGUAUUUUAUAAUAAUGAUACCUCUGUCAGUAUGAUCUACUGUGCCGAUAUUGGAAUAGAAAAACCAUAUAGACUAGCAUUUGCUGUGUACCAGUUUUUAGUUAUGUUUGUUGCCCCGACGGUUAUAUUGUUCUUUUGUUAUGUUUUUGUUAUUCAUUCACUGUGGAUCAGUUCCCGUCAACUUUUAACACUCACAAGACCAAAUAAUAGUAGCGCUGAAAGCAGAUUAUGUUCACCGUCUUCCCCAGAGAUUGAAGCCGGGAAUAGAUUAACAGUUCCAGAGACACCGUCCAUUUCUAGACAUUGUCAUAUCAGAACUAGACGAAGCUUGGUUCACAGAGCUACAAGGGAACACAGCGCUGAAGUGCUUCGCGCUAGAAAACAGGUUGGUCUACUUCAAUACACACGGGCCAAAACUACCAAUGAUAUACUUGGUUUGUACAUCAGUUGUGACGAACUUUCCUGA